AUGGGAAUCAUUUUGGCGUAUUUUCGACGCCCAAAAUUGGAUGUGGAACGAAUUCGGACGGUCUGGAUGGAGCAUAUUAAUGGAAAUGAUGACUAUUUUCAAGAGAAAUCUAAAAUUCUGCAGGUAAUCCGUCGAAUUUGCAAAAGAAACGAAGGAAUCCGUUGCGCAAUGUUGACACAGAAUGCGCAACACGCUGAAUCGGUCGCUGAGGAGGAUUUUGUGCUAUCGAAUAUUGCCGAUCGCAUUUCGCAGUUUUUUCAUCAAUUGAUCGAGGAUGACGUGCUGAUGAAUACUGUAGAAUUGAAGAAGAGCUGUUAUGAUUUGGGGCGGCAACAUGCGGCGUACUCGAAGAAACAGUUCAAGAUAUCCUUCUGGGAAGAAUUCACAUUGACGAUGAUGGAUGUUCUGGAACAGAAUUACCCACAAACUACAAAAGAGGAACAGAAGGCGUGGCUUCAUUUUCAGAGAUUUAUCAAUGAGAAUAUUAAAUCCCUGAAAUGUUUUCCGUUCAGGAUUUCCGAAUAUUUCGAAAUUUGUGUUAUGAUCAUUUUCUCUGAAAUUUCAUCUUAUCUGAAAAGGAUCUUUCAAUCCAUCCAACCAAGAUUAACAUUAUCUAGUCUUCUUCUACUUCUUUUUCUUCUAUUCCAAACUACAAUAAUUCUGAAAUUCACGUGA